AUGUCGUCGUCGCUCUCCCAGACGUACACGACUUGGAUUACCGAGAUCCUCACUGAAGAGGGUUAUGGCGAGCUGCUUGAGGGCGGCCCUACCCCUGUCCAGGCCAUGGACUACGCGCGCCACCGCGUUGUUGCGGUCGUCACCGACCUCCCCCGUCAGUCUCUCGCCUCGGAGCCCGGUUUCCAGAACAUUGCGUUCUGGAACCGUUACGCCUCGUUCCGUGAGAUGCAUGACGAUGUCAUCCAGUUCCUGGACUCGGUGGACACCGAGGCCGCCGCGGCGGUCGACACCUACAACGAGUACGGCACGUCGUAUGACGGGUACCAGCAGGGCCCCCACUACGGCACCGGCUGGUACUAG